AUGACUGGGUCUAAUCUUAGAGUUUACCCCAUCACUAUGCAUAUCAGACUCUACACAAAGCAACUGGAAAACAAGACCAUUGAUGACGCAAGAAGGCGGGCCAUAAUGCCCAACCCAUCGCGUGUGGAGCUUGGGGAUAAGCUCAUUAAGCUUCUCUCGACUUCCCCGCCUUACAAAUUUCUGAUAGAAUUGAAAAAUGACUGUCACCAAAUGAAUUGCGGUACUUGUUCGGGCAAGCUUCGUUUUCAAGACUACAUAUUUUUCUUGCCAUGCUCUCAUGCCUACCAUCAUUCCUGCCUAGCUCAUUGGGCGAAAAAGAAAAUACAAUGUCAGGUGUGCCUCGAGUACGUGGAUUUUCGGGAUUUUCUUGAGUGUGCUGCCCUUCGGACUAAAGAUUCUGGCCUCAACUAG